AAAAUUAGCGAUGACGGGGUAUGUGUAGAUCAGUGUACGGAUAGUGAAGAAUGCCAGAGUCCAUAUAGUGUUCAGUCAACUAACUCCAAGUCUGCAAGUGUAGGCUAAAUCACAGUUGUUUUUUUUUAAAUUGUUAUCUCCGAAGUUAAUUUCUUUUGCACUAUUUUAUUUCUAAGAAUUUUCAAGCUGUAAUGGCAGCGUUUAUUCCCUGCUACACUGGUCCGAACCAAACUGGCUUACCACCCAAAAUAUUUUUUGCCCCACCUGGAAUUAACCCUGGAUUUAGGGACAACGACUGCAACGAAGAGGACUAUGAUGACUAUGAUGACAACUAUGAUGACCAUUACAACCAUUACGAGGACUAUGAUCCGUAUGAUUACGAUGACUACACAGCAGAAGAGGAAUAUGAUCCGUAUGAUUACUAUGACUAUGCACCAGAAGAGGAAGAUUAUUACGACAAUGAAGACGAUUACUACGGAGAAGAGAAUGACUACUACGAUGACGAAGACGAUUUCAGAGAGAAGAGAUGUUACGGUUUCUUUAAAUGUUCCUCGUGCAGACAACUGUGGGAGAGUGCAAAUGUCUACUGCAGGGUAGAGAAAGACAUUUUGAGACCCCUGUACCAACAGGAUUGCAAAAAAUGCCGGAUUGGUUGCCUCCCUUACCAGGUGGAGCCACUGCGCUGCUCGCUGUGUGGGGAACACCAGUGUGGCUGCCAAAAGCGCCAUGUUGACGUCAACAAACCGCACCGCAGCGACCUCUGCCACAGAUGCCGCGCUGGUCGCCCUUGUACCCAGUCUUAAGCACUCAGCUUCACUCAUCUCCUCCUCUCAGGGGCCUCACGUUUAGAAGGCGGUUUGUUGGCAUCUUGGCCAUGCAGCAGGAGAAUGGCCGAAGUCUGGCACAUGCAAGCAGACACCAAGAAGAUGGAGGAGGGAGUGAGCAAGAGAAUAACAACUUCCUUGUAAAUGCUUGGCCUUGAUAGUCUCGGUUGAGGCAGUUUGUCCCUAACGAUGAUUUGGCUGCUUUGGAAGAUGUUCGUGCACUUGGAUCUUGUACGCGGGAUUAAAUGUCAUCUAACAAGAGAGCUUUGCCCUUCAAUUAUUUACUCACACAGAAAAUAAUCAUAUAUGUUAUCUCUGUCUCUGUUCCUCUCUGUGUCUCCUCUCCAUCUCUAGCAAACACACACACACUCAAGUCCUGGAUCGAACUAACCGCAUGGCACUCAACCCUCUGAACACAGAAGCUAUGCUUUUAACAACCAAGUAGAACACUAACCCUAACCGUCCCAUUUCCUGAAAUCCAUCUCAUUACCCAUUCAAUAACAAAAGUUAAGAGGUGUUAACUUCUAGGUAUGACUAUUUUAACAAUUUUUCAUGGUCCUAAUAAAUCUUAACCAUAAGCAAAACUAUAAUACAGGAAGUCUAUCUCUUCUCUAGAAUUAAACAUUAUAUAUUUUGAAUCCUCCAACCUAAAUUCGGCGGACCAUUGGGCUUCAAUAAAGCCUCUUGUUGGUAGUCAAACGAUAGCUCUCAAUCGAUGCUACUUGUAAAAAUACACCCUAGCGAUUUCCUGUCUCUAUGAGUUCUGCCAUUAAUAAUCAGAUUAAUAUUCCACAAAAUUAUGCUUGUCUAUAAAAUACUAGACUUUCUACAUUUUUUCUCUACCAAAAUAAUAAAAGGGUGCAUCAAUGCUCAAUACUCCCAUACCAAAACUCGACUUACUCAAGACGAGCCUUAAAUAUUCGGGUAGUGUUCUUUGAAACAAUCUUCACAUUUCCAGUUUAUACAAGUCCAAAGCAGGAUUCCUAUACCUAUAUCAAAACCUUUGAUCGCUUACAGAGGCUUCCCAUCCUACCUAAACACCUUUUACUAACACUGACAAAGGGAAAAUGUUUCCACAUGUUACUUAUUCAUUAGUCGGAAAUUGUAAUUCCUGUCAAUUCAGUCCUCAACCCCAAUAUUUGUACAUACCCUAAUUUGUCUCUUUUGUUAUUUUAAUGCCUUUGUUGUGUAAUGAUGUAGUGUUUUAGUUUCUUUUACUCAGAUUGAGGUCUAAAUGUAAAAAAGCUUAAACUUUUGUAGAAUAAGAUUGAGCUUUUCUGGUGAGUUGAGCUUUUAUCACAAAACUAAAAUGUGACCCAAGGUGACUAAAUGUUCGCCAUAAUAAACACUCAGCUACCACAAACA